ACACCAAAGAGGAAAAGUCACAAAAAUAGCAUUCAUUAAAGGGUUAAAAUAUCCAUAAUACCCUUGUUUUAAAAUUAAUUAAACAAACAUAAAAAAAGAAAAAAAAAAUCAGAAAUGCAUCUCUCUCUCACGCGACGUCGAUCUCGAUCUCUUCGACGGGAAGCGACGGCGGCGACGCUCUCCGAUUUCGAUCGCCGGAGGUAAUCCAGCGGUGGUGCAGGAGGAGAGUCUUCAUCGGGAACUGCUUCCGUCAGCCCCGCGAAGGUGAUAAGGAGGUUCCUGAAACUGAGAUCUGUGGAGCUUAGGGGAAACCGCACUUCGCAGACUUUAAUCUGAUGCCGGAGGGAUGGGGAGGGUACGUGUAUCCGUGGAUAGAGGCGAUGUCGACGUCGUACACAUGGCUGGAGGAGAUAAGGCUGAAGAGGAUGGUGACAAGUCUCGUGACCAGCCAGGACCACGGGAGUUUUCAAAUCAGUGCCUGAUAAAGAGAAACAAGAGGACAUCAACCUUCUACUUGUAUCUCACCCUCACUCCAUCAUUCACUGAUAAGAGGAAGUUUCUUCUGGCGGCAAGAAGGUUCAGGACCGGAGCUUACACUGAGUACAUUAUAUCACUUGACUUUUCACUAGUGGAUGGGGAAGUUUCUUCUGGCGGCAAAGCUCUCUACUUUUCACUCACAUCCCUACUAAUCUAUGUGUGUGUGUGUGUGUGUGUUUAUUCUCUAACAGAUUGUGAACCUUCACCACAUGUUGUCAAAGGCUGUGAUUAG